AUGUUAAGACGAUUUUUAACAAAUCAACUAAUUAUUUCUACACGUUUUCUAUCACAAUAUUACUCCAAAAAGAAAAUUCUUGUACCGACUCGGCUCGAUGUUACACGAGGUAAUCAACAUUUGGAAGUGAAUUUAUUUGACGAUGAAAAUAAACAAUCACUUGGUCAAAUGCCAUUAAUUGAAGCGCAAAAAUUAGCUAAAUUUCGUGAACUUAUACUUGUACUGUUUGAUGAAUCACAUGAUCCACCUGAUGUUCGAUUAAUGACAGGAAAACAAUUAGCACAAAUACGUGAUAAUACACGUGCAAAUAAAAAACAAGAUUUAGCAAAUGAUAAAAUUACUGAUUUUGUUGUACGACUUCGAUCAAAUAUUGCAGAAAAAGAUUUAUUAACAAAAUUAGGACAAGCGAAAGCAGCUUAUUCAAAAGGAUCUAGUAUUCGAUUUUCAUUAGAUUUUGGAUAUGCUAUUGAUGAAAAAGAAACGGAAAAAUUGGCUCGACGUACCAGUGAUCAGAAAGAAUUUCUCGCACGACUCAAACCAUAUCUUGAAGAAUUUCCUAAAGUACAUACAAACUCUAAAGGUACUCGUUCAAUUAUUUUAAUUGUUCCAUCAAAAUUACUUACCGACAAACCAAAUAAAAAACAAGAAUCAGAUUCACCUACCGAAGAAAUUCAAGAACCAGCAUCUAAAGAUGUUAAUAAUAAAAGUUCAACAAAUUCUUCGCAUAAACGUAAAAAGUCUAUUUAA